AUGGAGGAGGAAACUGCUACCACGCCCAACCGGCUGGCUCCGCCGGCUGUGAGCUCGCUCAGGGCCGGCCCGAUGCAGCGGUCCCUGAGCGAGAACAUCCGGGAGGAGCGGGCGGAGCUCCGCGAGGCAGCAGAGCAGACCCUCAACGUUAUACUGGAUCUCAACAUCGACGGUACCAUACGCUGGGUUAGCCCUUCUUGGGUUGACGUGAUUGGAACCCAGCCGGAAUCGGUCGUGGGCACGCCCAUCGCCGACUUGAUCGUUAGCGACAACUCCGGUAUCUUUGCGGAGGUCGUCGAUAGCAUGACCCAGGAUGACAGACGGAGCCAGUUUAUUCGCUUCGCGGUCAAGCUGGGCCCGUUGUCGAAGCUCGUCCCUCUCGACAACCUCGCAGAGCGCGAGGAUGCCUCUCAGCCUGUAAUUGUUGAUUUGGAAGCCCAGGGCAUCACAGUCUUCAGUGGGACAUCAGGAGGCGAGAGUCAUACGAUGUGGAUGAUCCGCCAGUGGUCUGCCCCGCGGGAGAUCAAGAUUGACUUGCCUGCGGUCAUUGUUGAUACGUUGGGCUCCGGGGCCGAAGUGCUCGCAAGCUAUCUAACCCAACUAGCUGAGUCUGGUUUGGACGACCCUGAGACGCAUCCACCCCCGCUGCCCGUGCUUUGCAGGAUAUGCGAGCGCCAGAUCCCGCCCUGGUGGUUUGAGAAACACACCGAGUUGUGUUUGCAAGAGCACCGCGCCGAGCUAGACGUGCAAAUGUCACAGGAAGGCCUAACGGAGCACCGCCAUGCCAUCGUCAAGGUACUCGACGCCCUUGAGGCAAGACACAGCCGUUCGUUGGCUGGUGAUCAGACCAAUCUCCCCGUUGCCGAGUACAAGGGCCUCGCGAUCGGUCCCCCGACCUCUUCCACCUCGUCUUCCGGGAACUCGUCUCCCGUACCCGGGGCGGUUCCUGGCAGAUCGCGUGAACGUUCCACAGGUUUCGGCCAUGCUCGGGCCCGGUCGUUUGCCAUCCGCCGACCGCAAGCUAGGAUUGUCGAGCUGCUGCUGGAUCUCUGCGAUACAGCGAUUGAGAUUAGCACGCCUGCGAUCAAGGAGACGUCGCAGACGCCAAACGAGUUCCGCACACAGUCGCCGCAGUCUGAAAGCCGGAUCACACAAGUUCUGCAAUGGGAGACACCGAGUACGAACACGCUGGAGCAAGAACAAGGGUUGGCCUUGCUCUGUGCGGACACGGAAAAGUUUGCUAAAGAGAAGGUCGAGUCGAUUUUCCGCCACCGCAGAAUCCUCGAGUACUCGGAGCGGAUCCGCAUCGAGUUUGCGUACACCGUCCAACUUUGCAUCGAUGCUGCGAUGCGCAAAGCGGCCAAGAUCGCCCAAGGCCGCCUUAGUGACUCCGGCGACGAGGACUCGAGCGACGAAAUGUGCGACGUGGUGGACGUCGAAGGACCUUCUCCCAACGAAGAGGGUGUCUUCCCCGGUUCCUUUGAUGCACCCUCAAGUCUCGCAAUAGCCCUCCAGAAUGCUGAUAUUAGCGACGACCCUGACAAUCGCCGGUUGUCGGUACUGCACUCUCCGAGGUCGACCAGUCCUAAAGAAUGCCCGACGCCACGAUCCAAUCGUGGUCCGCUCGGUAGCUUGAGUGGCGCCAGCCAGUCCCGGCGCGAAUCGAUGAUUUUCGAAAGCGAUGCUGGUGACAGCGAUGGGAGUUUGAGGUCAUCCUCAGUUGCCUCUCGAGCGCCCCAGCGCACAGAUUCGCCCAUGUCCGAGUUUGGUGACCUUCGGCGACAAGCGAGCGCCCGUAAACAUCACCGCAAAAGCUUGAUUCUCCCUGGCACUUCGUCACCACACCGGCAGGAAUCGCCCUCGAGAGGUGCGCAGCCACCGUCAUCCCCGCUUCGGAUGCACAAGCCGCGAAACCUUCCAUUCCCGUCGGAUGGGCUCAUGUCCCCCGAUGCGUCGCCGAUGCUCCCGAGCAGCGAAUUCACAUCCCCGAGCAUCUCGCACACCUACCAUCACCAUCGGAGACAAUCAUCAGCAGCCGUUUCCUCGGCCCCUGGAGAGCUCCCCAUCAAGCCACCACCGUCCCCGCGACUUAGUGCUGUUGUUGGUGGACCACAGGCCAAGGCAGUCCCACCUUCGAUCAAAGACUUUGAGAUCAUCAAACCCAUCAGCAAGGGCGCUUUUGGUAGCGUCUACCUCUCGAAGAAAAAGUCAACGGGGGAGUACUUUGCCAUCAAAGUGCUCAAGAAGGCGGACAUGGUUGCCAAGAACCAAGUGACCAAUGUCAAGGCCGAGCGCGCCAUCAUGAUGUGGCAAGGGGAGAGCGACUUUGUUGCGAAACUGUACUGGACCUUUUCGAGCAAGGAUUAUCUCUAUUUGGUGAUGGAGUACUUGAAUGGAGGGGACUGCGCCUCGUUGAUCAAGGUCCUGGGCGGUCUUCCGGAAGACUGGGUCAAGAAAUACCUUGGAGAAGUUGUCUUAGGCGUUGAGCAUUUGCAUAGCCGAAGCAUUGUUCACCGCGAUCUCAAGCCAGACAACUUGCUCAUCGACCAAAAGGGCCACUUGAAGUUGACCGAUUUCGGUCUCUCGCGGAUGGGGUUGAUCGGGCGACAGAAGCGGGCACUCAACAGCGGCACUGAUACUGCACCUGACCUCUUGAAACAGGGUCCGUUCGCGCGCUCUACCUCGGUAGCCUCGUCCCGAUCCACGUCGAUGGACCUCCACGGCCGGAACCAGUCCCCCGGGUCGACACCACAGAUGACGCCAAGUGACCCCAGUGCGCCCAUCGCCCAGCCUUCCUACUUCAACCUGGGCAAGCUCUCCCAGGAGCCGCGGCGGAUCUCUAACCAGCGCAGCGAUAGCGGCGGUAGCGAGACGCUCACCCACAUGCUUGGAGGACUGUCCUUGAACGACCCUCAUGUGAACAACUCGCAGGUCAUCCUGUCGCCUGCUGAGGGCAGCGAGGUCGAUCCGUCUGGCUCUCCCGACCUUGCGUCGCUUUCCCACACGACUACCCACAACAGCGCCGACUCGACGAGAGGGACCCCCCCGCAGCCAGCUAUGCCCCCUCCAAACUGGGCGCUGUUCGAUCCCGAGGACACUAACCGCCGAUUCGUCGGAACACCCGACUAUCUCGCCCCCGAGACGAUCAAAGGUGAACCCCAAGAUGAGACCAGCGAUUGGUGGUCUGUCGGCUGCAUAAUGUACGAGUUUCUUUACGGGAUCCCUCCGUUCCACGGGAGUGAGGCGGAUAAGGUUUUUGAGAAUAUCCUCGCUCGCCGGAUUCAUUGGCCGGACGAAAGCGAGGAUGAGGUGUCACCGGAAGCCAAGGAUCUCAUCAACAAACUGCUGUGUAUGGAUCCGCACCAGCGCCUGGGAUCCAACCGCGAUGAGAGCUUCCAGAGCGGGGGUGAGGAGAUCCGCCACCACCCAUGGUUUGCCGAGGUCAACUGGGAUACGCUCUUACAAGACGAGGCGCAGUUCGUCCCGCAACUAGAGGACCCCGAAGAUACCGAAUACUUUGAUGCUCGGGGUGCCACGCUGCAAGCCUUUACCGAGGAAAUGGAGGACCAGCACUCGCCGCCUGCGACAGCCCCUGCUGCUGACUACCCGGACCGGCCACACGAUGCUCUGUCCCGCGUUAGGGCACAGGUCAACUCGAUGAAACGUGGGCUCAUGCCGUUGCAUAUUCCUCCUCACGUCCGUGACCUUAAGAGCCGGCGUUUGAGUGAACCUGUGGCGACAGACGACUUUGGCAAUUUCUCGUUCAAGAAUUUGCCUGUUUUAGAGAAAGCGAACAAGGAUGUGAUACAGAAGUUACGAGCUGAAGCCCUAGCUUCCCAGACGAAGCCCACCAUUAGUCCUGGCGGCCUUAACAGCCUCACCUCGCCUGGGCCAACGCUCGAAGGCAGUCCAGUUAUCACGAAUCCCGUCCAGAGGACGCUUUCGAAUGCCAAGGCGUCGUCGCAUCACCGGCCGCAGUCGCCCUCAGCCGUCAGCCACUCCAACUCGUCGCCCAGCCGUGCUUCGCAACCGUCAUCGCCGUUGUUGGUCUCCUUUGUGGCCGGCCCGGGGACCGACGGACGGCGUAAAGCGUCAAGCAACUCGUCCAACCUGUCGCAGCCAUCUUCUGGGAAUUCGCUGCAGCCGGGGAGCUUCUUUGAAGUGCCGCGCGUUCCGCCUAGUCUGCAGAAAGCGGCCACUACCAUUGCGGCCACGCCGACGCCCAGCAAAUCUAGGGGCAGUGCGCCUGCCCAGCUGCCCGUCUCGCCGCAGAAGCCGCUGCCAAACCAUAUCUUGACCACGCCAAGACAUAGCAGCAGCUCGUCGGGCGGGCGAUCGCGCUCUCUCACCGUUGGCUCCCAGGAAGGCAGCCCAGUGACGUCGGAUAUGUUGGCGGCUCAUCACAGAAACCGCCGCAGCCAGGUCUUUGACAUGUCCCCUUCGUCUUCGGACAACGAGGGAGACAAGGCCAGCGCGCUGCUUCGUGUCCAGCGGCGAAGACAGAGCAACCGACGCAUGUCGUACAUUGCAGCUGGGGACGGCCCAGUCUUCCGUCCCCUGGAUGUGCUUAUCUGCGACGACCACCCCGUCUCGCGGAUGGUGAUGGAAAAGCUGCUCGAGAAACUGCGGUGCCGCACCAUUUCUGCCGCGACAGGCAGCGAGGCGAUCCGGUAUGCCAUGAGCGACAUUAAGUUUGACAUCAUGUUCCUAGAGUUCCGUCUCCCGCAGCUCUCGGGCUCCGACGUCGCGCGCAUGAUCCGCGACACGAAACACGCCAACACGCACACCCCCAUGGUGGCCAUCACCUCGUACCUGAAAGAGCUGCCCGCGCCUCAGUACUUUGAUUCACUCGUCGAGAAGCCCAUCAGCUCGUCAAAAUUGACCGAGGUUCUGACUACACUCUGCCACUGGAAGGCGCCGCUCCCCGGCCAGACCCAUUCACUGUCUCUGGCACUCCCGCACCCAGUUCCCUCUGGUCUGCGACAAGAGAGCUUGCGUCUUGAAGACAGCCCGACAUCGGCUUCUUCGGGGUACAUGGUUCGGUCGGGCAGCAGCUUCCGCGAGGACUCGAUCAGUUCUAGUCUCUUUGGGGACUCAGAGUCGGUGGCCACCGAUGAUAUUCCGGUGCUUAUCAGUCGGAAGCCAACGGGAGACUGGGAUGACGGCGGGCUCGGGAUAUCGGGCCCGGAAGAGGUGAUAGUCCCGGGAUCCAUCAACCCACCGAUGUCUCCGGUCCAACCGCGCCUGCUCACGCAGCAGUCAGCACCCCCGCAAAUCGAGCAUUUGGAUGUGCGGCCCAAGAGCCUCAUACCGCAGCGCUCGCUAGAGAAGCUCAAGGCGAAGCGGGAGUCGAUCGAGAAGCGCCGGUACGAAGGUAGCGUCGACUCCGCGGAUGACGAGGAUGAUGAGCUCGGCCUAAGCACCACAGCUGCCGGCGCGACUGGCCCCGGCAACGGCAACAGCAGUGGAAGCAGCAGUGGUAGCGGCAGUGCGAGCGGUAGCGCCAACAACAGCAACCCCGGAUCACCCUCCUCCACCCCAGGCCAGCAAUAUCGCAGCAAGUCUGUGCUGCCGUCCUCAAAACUCGGCAUCGAGAUGAUGCGCGCCAACAGCCACGAUAGCAUGAAUAUGGGGUCUGAGAGCAGCCCGAACAGUAGCACCGCCGAGCCUAUCACCCAAGUCGCCACGCCGAAGCAAGAGCUACCGCAACCUAGCUUUACCUCUGCUCUUACUACUACCCCUGCAGCCGUGUCAGGCGGUGGCUUAGGCGCGCUCCCAACAACUUUGUCCACCCCGCCUGGCCAUGGCAAUAGCAGCAGCAGGGAAGCACAGGCGGCAAGUGCCCGGGCAGAGAUAGAUGGCGAUGCCGAUGAGACGCCGCGGCCGGCGUCGUCCGUGGCCGGCAGAGCCGGGGUGUUGCUGGAGGAUGAGGAUCCGACGCCUAGACGGCCGCCUGUGAGAACGGUUGAUCGGGAUGAGGCUAUGUCGCCUUUUCCUGGGGCGAUAUAA